AUGCAAACCCGCUCUUCACAAUUCAAUACCGUAUUUUGUUGUGCAAUGGUGGAUACUGUAAAGUCUUCAGACCUAUUGGAGGAGGCUCUUGCCUUGUCCAAGUUAAUCCGCAAACAUCGCGGUCGGAUUGUCAUUUAUACAGGUGCUGGAAUAAGCACCGCUGCGGCCAUUCCUGAUUAUCGUGGGACACACGGACUCUAUCGCAAUUCUACCCCUUCGAGUCGGAAAGUGAUUGGAACCAAGCUUCGACUACCAGAAGCAAGUUAUGCCAAGCCAACAUUUACCCACAUGGCUAUUUGUGCCUUGGUUACCAACGGCUAUGUAAGUCUAUUUCCUUAG